CUUGAGCGUCAAGCGAUCUCUCCUCCUUUCGUUUGUGGUUAUGAAUUUACGUAUACUCGGGGAGAAAUUAAACUGUAUCGACCAUUCUUGGUCAGUGAACAUUUAGACAAAGAGCACGAAAAUAACACGGAAAUAUUAUUUUUGGCGGCGAACAGCGCGUGGGACAAUCCUACCUUAUUGACCAAUCGGCGCGCAUCUGAGGUGCAGACAUUUUCAUUCAUGUGUGUAGUUACACACGAAGCCCACUAAAAACUACGGAUUCGUCCCCCCCGUGGAUACCUCAUCAGCAGGGAAUGGGUACCGGAUUUGUGAGAGCUGAGGAAGAAAAGAUGGCCAGGAACCACUCUGCAACCAGUGAAUCUAUGAAGCCACUGAUGAACACACACAAUGAUUCAGCUCUCGGCUUCAUCACUGAUGAUGACCCCCCAACCUACAAGGAAACAACGCUGACGUCAACACCCAUGAAAGGCUCCGAAUCUGUCAAGAUAGCCAUAGAGGAUACACAGAGUUCGUCCUCAGCUAGCGUGGACUUGGGCUCCAGCAGCCUCAUCUCCAACCUGACGCUCCUCCACUCCAAGAUGGAGGACUUCUUCAAGGAGAAGCAGAAGAUCUUCAUGAAAAGCCUUCUGGUUGUACUGGCAGUCGCCUACCUGGCCUACUUCAUAUAUGCACUGUACCUGGACGCCACCCGUCAAUGCGAGACCAGCGCUGUCCCUCUCAUCGUUGUCACCAUCAUCGCUCUAGUCUUCAUCGUCUUCAGAUACAUCAACAACAUGUUUGGUGACAACAUUAGAAAGUUCAUGAAAGUCAUUCAGUCUGCCAUCAAGAGGAAAUGGCACAUUCUAAAAUGGGUUGCUUUGUUCUUGGUGUAUGGCGGCAUGCUUGCCCUGAUCGUCUACACCGUGUGGGAGGUCCCUAGCAACCUGGUGUCCCUCGUCGGCAUCAUCACCUUCAUCAUCGUCCUCUUUCUCUUGUCCUCCAGCCCCACACAGGUGCGAUGGCGGCCGGUGCUCGGCGGGUUCACGCUUCAGUUUUACUUUGCUGUGCUAAUCCUGAAGUGGGAUAUCGGCUACAGGGUGUUCUACUUUCUUGGGAAGGAGAUUCAGAAGUUCCUGGCAUUUACCGAUUUCGGUUCCAAAUUUGUCUUCGGAGAUAAAUACACUGACCACAUCUUUGCUAUGAAGGUGCUUCCGGUGAUCAUCUUCUUCAGCUGCUUCAUCUCUAUCCUGUACUACCUCGGCACCAUGCAGUUCAUCAUCGGCAACAUCGCCUUCGUGAUGAAGAGCUUGCUGGGUACAACCGCUGCCGAGAGUCUGUGUGCUGCUGGCAACAUCUUCGUCGGCCAGACGGAGGCUCCCAUCUUAAUCAGACCGUACCUGAACGUGAUGACUCGUUCGGAGCUGCACGCCGUCAUGGUGGGAGGUUUUGCCACUAUUGCUGGGAGUGUACUGGCUGCCUAUGUGUCGUUUGGUGUUCCUGCAGAACACCUGUUGUGUGCGAGUGUGAUGAACGCCCCCUGUGCCCUGGCCGUGUCCAAACUGCUCCACCCAGAGACGGAGACUAGCAAGCUGGAGGACAUCGAUGACUUGGAGCAAGAGGACAAUGACAACAAACCUCGCAACUUCCUUGAGGCUGCAGCUGCUGGGGCAUCCACCUCCAUCUGCCUCGUCGCCAACAUCACCGCCAACCUCAUCGCCUUCUUGGCUCUGCUUGCCUUCGUCAAUGCAGUCCUGUCCUGGUUUGGGGCCUUCGUCUGCUUCCCACAGCUCUCGUUUGAGAAAAUCUGUUCCUAUGUCUUUAUGCCCGUGGCGUACCUGAUGGGGGUGGAGUGGAAGGACGCAGGGGUGGUGGGCGAACUAGUCGGCAUCAAGACUUUCCUCAAUGAGUUUGUGGCCUAUAAGGAGCUAGCCAAGUUCAUCACCAACCGUGAAGAUUGCAAGGAUGGAACCACCAUCUCCCGGCGGUCUGAGAUUAUCGCCACGUACGCACUGUGUGGCUUCUCCAACCUGAGCUCCAUCGGCAUCCAACUGGGUGGCCUUGGACCAAUGGCACCCAAACGUGUGAAAGACUUGGCCCAGAUUGUCAUCCGUGCACUGUUUGGAGGAAUUGUGGCAUGUCUCAUGACAGCCUCCAUUGCAGGUCUACUGAUGGCGGACCACUCCGCAUCAUCCAACCCCUGCAUCAACAACGCAACGGCGAUCAACAUCACAUCGAACUCCGUCCUCAACGACACAUCAUAUUCCGUGCUCAAUGACACUAUACCCAUGGUGUUCAACAUGACACUAUCAUAGUGUUGCCAGGGAACCAGUAUAUAGCAUCUUUGACUGCCAAAUUGGUUCCUUUGGAAGAAAUGAAAGAGGUGUGUGUUUGAAAUGUGUGAAGUGUGUUUGUAAAGGAUGAUGUCUUGAUAGGGACCACAAACAAAGCAUUUAAUGUAUUCAAGGAGUUUGUGGCCAAUAAUGAAAUUCCUUUAAAUUUUCAAUAAAAUGAGCCCUCUUAGUUUUGUGAGGCAUUCAAGGUAUUUUGCAUCCAAAUGUAUAAAAAGUAUACUACUCAAAAGAAAGUCAAAGAACACCUAAUUUUCAUAUUUCUAUAGUUAAUCUCUCAUGACAACAACUAGUCAUAUGAAAGAAUCAGGUGUUCUUUAACUUCUUUUGAGUAGUAUAUUUUAAACAUGUCCUUUACAUUAUACAAAAAAUAAGCCCACUGAAUUUGGUAAGUACUACAGACAAGGUCGUAUUAUACAUUGUUAUGGAUUGGUUAUAUAUAUUCAUGAAUAUAGUUCCUUCUAUUUUGCAAGGGGACUGUAUUCCAUGGGCGAAGGAUCUCAUUGUAACCUCCAUUGCAAUACUAGUGCUACAAGUUCAUAAUAAUUAUAAUAAUACACCUUCUUCGUGCUUCCAAAUAUUUUGUAAUCAAAAUCAUAACCAAGACUUGUAAAUCAAACCUGCCUUGUCCUUCAGCAUAAUGUGUAGUAACAUGUGACAAGCAAGCAUAAAUACACUUAACACACUUAUUAGUAGACUCGGCUCCUUGUUAAUGCUAUUGUCAGAGUAAUCAUUAUGUUUAGUAACCAGGUGCUAGUAACAAUGAAUAUUGAGUUUACCUCUUGUGGUACUAUUUAAUGACCACGAAACUGUCAGAUGUGCUGAGUCAGCAACAGCUGUGUGCGACAGCUGGCCUGUAUACCGGUGCUCUGAGUGUAUCAAUGCGAUCAAAUUACAAGAUACUGCAUCUUAUGUAAUAUCGCUUACUCCGAUGGCAUAAUUGAUUGUACAGAAGCAUUAUAAAAUUUUGAACCAAAUUCUGUGAAUAUGAUUUAGUGAAACAUAUUUUUUAGAAAUCAUCAUUUUUAGACUAAUUAAUACUGUAAAUCUUGAAAUUAACGUGAGCGUGAAUGAAAUGCGAAAAAUGGGAGUGGUCUUUGCUCACAUUAUUAAACAUUGCAUUUAUAUCAACAAUAAGACAUUUUGGAUAGCAGAAAUACCAACUUAGACAUACGCUGAAAACAAACAUGUAUUCCACAUCACUGUUUAUUGAGCAGCACUUGUAACAAUUAUCUAAACAAUGCCAUUCAAACACUGAAUUGUCACUCAAGACAAGAGUUCUAUGUCAUCACUGAUCGCACCUGCAAGUCCAGACAGACGCUGCCCACGCAGCACGGCGUCUUAGUUCUUUGCUACUGCGUCAAGGGCCGACAAGAGCCAGCAGACAGGUAUUGUUUUAGCGGAAGUACUCUACUCAGCGCUUAUAAGCGGUGCUAUUUGGUGUGUGAUUGGAUUAAUGUAAGGUUGGAUAAAGGUGAGAAUUCUGUAAACCUGACAGAGGACAUUUUCUUAAGGCAAAUCCACUGUCUUGAGAGGAGGGGGGUGUCGCAUUCAUAGUGAGUCGCAUUUUUGGCUUGGGGCCAGCGGUUGCAUUCUUUUGGAGUCGCAUUUAUUUCACAACUUACAGUAAUGACCCAGGCAUUGAUACAGGCAUCAGCAUAAUCAGCAUAAUUAUUACAUAUACAAUAAAUGAAUAAUCACUU